AAUAUUAAUCAAUAAUAAAUUAUGAAAACAGUUUUAUUAUAUCUUGGAGUUUCACUCAAAUUUCACUCUGAUUGAGACGAGCUUUCGUCUGGACAUGACUCAUCAGGCUUUCUAAUUCCUAUCAGAGUUUACUGAUCAAGUUCUGCUGUGAGAGGGCUAAGCAACAUAGAUCUGUCCCUGUAGCAAUCCAGAACCGUGUAAAGGGGCUAACAAAUAAGAGGUGCUGACUGCUGAGGUUCAUAGCCUGCCAUCCAUUGGAGACCCUGCGAGCGAAUGAACAUUAUUUGUUAGGCUGCUGUGCAUAUGUCUGUUUAUCACACACGCGUAAAAGAUCAUUAAUUUUCCCGGUUAAUGAUUUUGCUACUCAGGAUUAUCAAAUCCAAUUUCAAUUGAAUAGUAUUGCAACUUGUGGUGCAAGAACGGCAUGCCAAGAAGCUGAGCUCAAAGUCAAAGUAUCCGCUUUGAUGACGUAAUUACCAAAUGACCUAAUCACUAUAAAUACUUGUAAUAUUUUGAGGCUUGAGCCGCUUGGCAGUGAUCAUCAAAAGUGAAAGAUGGAUAAUCUUCCUGAACUUGUACUGCUGGAAAUUGUUAAAUACCUUUCGCCUGAGGAAUGUGUUCGUUUAUCAAGAACAUGCAAACGCUUGAACCAGAUUCUCCCUCGGUUCGUGCGUUUUUCAGGGAAACCCUUUAAGAUAAAAGGUCCGAGUGGUGGGCACUGGGCACCUGAAAAAUACUUCGACGGACCAGUUCUUGAGAAGAAAGUGAAGGGUAUGCGAGCAUCUGUUCAGUGGAAGGAUCAGGGCUGGGGCAACAGAAAGGGCCGGUUGAUGGUCAAACUCAUGCGACGUGAUUCAGGACAGAAUAAGGUCAUCGCUGAAAACAAUAAUAUGUUUGGUAUAGCAGAACACAAGAUGAAAUCUGACACUUGUAAAAUUGUUGACCACCCUGUGAUUAAGCUUUCAGAACCGGGGGACUUCUACAGUUUUGAAAGAAAUGCUGGUGGGGGAGGUGGACAUACCUUGACUGUAAAAGAAUUCAGUGUUUUACUGGAAUUUGCAAAUUAGACAAACAAAUUGAAUGAAUGUAAAUACCUAAAGUUGUACAUACAACAAUAUUUCUACUCUGUAGACAGAGUUAUACCCAUAACAAAAGUUCUAAAUACUGUGGGGCAUGGGCACUGUAGGAUGACAAACAUUUAUCACCACCCUAUGGCUAUGUUCAAGAUGAUUGCUUUAUAUGUAAUAUUUUUCAGUCCUGCAUGUCUGUGAAUUUUUUGGUAUUGGCAUUUUUGUAAUUUUUUUAGCCUUCCAUCAACCAUUGUCCACUUCCCAAUUUAUACAUAAAAGGCCACAGUUAAAGUUAUUUGUAAUUAUAGAAAAUGCUGCUGCAAAUAUCUAAAGCAUAGUAAUAUUUAUUGAAAAUACCAAAAGUAAAGUUUGUAAAGUUAACCGAAUUCAGUGUUUUACUGAAAUUUCGAAAUUAGACAAACAAAUUGAAUGAAUGUAAAUACCUAAAGUUGUACAUACAACAAUAUUUCUACUUUGUACUGAGUUUGUAGACAGAGUUGUACACAGAACAAAAGUUCUGAAUACUGUGGGCACUGUAGUAAAGUUUGUGAUAGAAGCUGGGCUGAAACAUCUCAGCAGUAUAUAAAAUAUAUAAAUUGUAAUGGAAAAUUUGCACAGUUA